GUAAAAGUAUCGGGUGCGCCACCCAGUUGCGCCGUUUUCGAAAUGAUUCUCUAUCUACAAAAUGUCAUCCAGCAUCUGGUGAGUGAGAUGCAGGCAAACGAACUGUGGCUAUUUUCUUUCUUCAGAUUAAUCGACACGCACAUUCUUGCCGGAGGGUAGCUUUUUAUACAGCACACAGACAGAUGAUGUGGUUUGUCUUGCCUGUUGACAAGAUCUCAAGAUCUCACACCUACUUACCUGUGGUGUCCACUCGGUAGACAUCACGGAAAGGAUCCGUGCUUUUCCUCCAGUUUGGGCACUUACCGAAAUGAACGCCGUGGCGACUGCCUUGUACUGCGGCAGCGGGCAGUGGGCCGGGUUCGGUGGCAAGCGAAUGCGCGCAAACUGCGGAUCACUACGGGUGUCUUGUUUUUUCCGCCAAUCGAUAUGGAAGAGGCAUUGUUUUUAUCCUCCCUGCAUGCGUUCUGUUUGUCGUGUAGUCUGUUGGUUCCUUCUUAAACUCCUGGAUGACACUAUUCUCACGUCCGUCUGGCAGCAGCUGGAGUUCGUUACUCCUGCUUCGCUAGCCGUGCCUGCGGUCAAAGUCGUCCGGAGCUCCUGCAGUUCGUAGUUACGUGAGAGCUGCAGUUGUCGUUGUGAUUUCUGUCAGUUUUAGUGAAUAAAGAUAUGCUCGAAAGAUGGCUUGACAACAUUUUUUAUGCUCAUGGCCCGUCCUUCGUUUUUCGUUCCUUCUCACACAUCAAGCAUGAUCAGCCGUGCCGUUUCUGCGUAUCCAAACGCAUAGCAUGUCUGAACACUUGUAAGGGUCAACGGAGAAAGUUGCAGUAUCGUCUACUCCUUCAGUUGGGGAGUAAGAGAUGUUUCGUGCUUCGAAAUACGACCUUAAAGUUCUUGGUCGCGCCUGGUGUAACUUUUCUUCUUCGGUGGGCAAUCUGCAUUCAGCCACAGACAAGCAACAUAUAUUACCAGACUGUCAAUUGGGGUCAUUUCCUGCGUUAUUGCUAACCUCAGGAACCUCAUGGCUGAUUUGCCUGCGCGAUCGCGGCUUGUACGGAACUGUCAGAAGAAACCACCCUCCCUAAUUCCUCCCCUUCUUGCAAGCCUCAGAUCUGUGGCAAACGCCCUAUGCUUCAGUGAUGGGCGGGCAUCGUGAGAUCGCUUGAAUGAUAUACUCCAGGGGCCAGCUCGACUUACGUGGUAGGCCGCCUGCACUCUAAACAUAGAGCUUGUUUAAACUCAACAACGGUGUGGCACUGGUACAUGCUUCGCUUUUGACCC